AUGAAGAUCAUUAUCACGGGGGCCACUGGUUUUGUCGGGAGGGAAGUCGUGGUCCAAGCGAUCGAGAACCCGAGGAUUUCCUACAUCAUUGUACUGACGAGGCGCAACAUUGACGAGACACUGAGCCAAAGUCCCAAGGUGGAGGUUGUAUUUGGUAAAGUGGGCCCAAAGAUCACCCUGUGUCUUUGCCAGGUAGAAGGGCUAACCCCCGCGGGUGUUCCCAGGUGUCUGGGAGGGAAGGUCGAGGACUUUCCCGAUCUCCAGACUGCGAGGACGGUCGGCGUGGAUUUCACCUUGGCCGCCGCCAACGCCUUGGUGAGAGGUGUCUGUCCGACUCUGCCACCGGAACAGAGACUCCGGUUUGUCUUCUGCAGCGGCAACGGCGCGGAAUGGCACCAGGACAGGAAACUCUGGCUGUUCUCCGACACGCGGAAACUGAAGGGCGCUGCUGAACAGGGUUUGCUCGACAUGGCCAAUACCCAUCCAGAUGUGUUUGAGGUAAUCGUGAUCCGGCCCGGUGGGGUCGUGCGCGAUGAGAGCAUCUUUCUCGGCAAGAUCGCAUCGCUGAUGACGCCUGUCGUCAUCGUUACUCGGCUGGCGAAGGCGCUGGUGAGAUUCUGCAUCGACCCACCGCCAGAGAAGGUCGUUGAGAACCAGCAAAUUCUGGACCUUGGUUCUUGA